CGCACCUGCGCGCUUUUAUACAUAAACAUCGUGUUUAUUAAUAAUCGGGAUUGAUUUUUAGGUUCCAGAUCGUUUAAAAGGAGUCUAAAAUAUCAAACCAGGAGGCAGGAGGUGAUUUUUAUGUGUUGUUUUGCGGUCGGAUUUGUAUUACUGGGAGGCAGAAGGAAAUCACCUGCACGUUGUGGUUUGGGUUGCCAGGUUUCUCCUGCACUUGUUUUUGGGAUCUGUGGUCGGAAGCUCAGGGAGAAGAUCGGGAUGAAUUCCAUACGGCAGGUGCCAUCGCGGGUGAAGAGUAAAAUGAACGAGACUAGUCUGGGAGACGAACGGGAUCGGUUCGAUAAACAGCAGCUCAGCAGCAUCAGUAAGGCUAUAAACUCUUCUGAGACACCGCUGAAGGAGAAACAUGCCCGCAGAAUUAUCCUGGGGACGCAUCGGGAGAAGGGGGCGUACACUUUCUGGUCCUAUGCUUUGGGUUUGCCGCUGUCCAGCAGCCCGAUACUCAGCUGGAAGUUCUGCCACGUCGUGCAUAAAAUCCUCCGGGACGGCCACCCCAACACUUUACACGACUGCAUGAGGCACAGCAGUACGAUCAGUGAGACGGGGAUACUCUGGGCGAAUCUCCGAGACAGACAAGGAUACGCACAGCUCGUCGCGUUAUAUACCAAGCUUCUGCAUACAAAAAUGGCCUUUCAUACGGCGCAUUCUGACAUCCGACCCAACCUGGAGGUCACAGACGAGGUCCUGGAGGCCACAGCCGGAACAGACAUCAAUAACGUUUUUCAGCUCACAGUGGAGGUGUUCGAUUACAUGGACGUGGAACUUCGGCUUGCCGAGUCAGUGCUGAGGCAGCUGAACACCUCCAUCGCCAUCUCGACCUUGACAGCAGGCCAGUGUAAACUGGCACCCCUGAUCCAGGUCAUCCAGGACGCCAGUCAGUUAUAUCACUACACGGUCAAACUGCUCUUCAAGCUACACGCCUGUUUACCAGCUGAUACACUCCAGGGUCAUCGGGAUCGCUUCCACGAUCAGUUCCACAGCCUCAAGACGUUUUUCAACAAAGCACGAGAUAUGAUGUAUUUUAAAAGGCUAAUUCAGAUCCCAAGACUUCCUGAUUCACCACCGAACUUCCUCCGGGCCUCUGCCCUAGCGGAGCACGUGAAGCCCAUGGUCGUCAUCCCGGACUCGGACGAGCCUGAGGAGGACGACGAGCCUGAGACGUUAAUAGAUGUCAGCGACGCUUCCAGCACCAUGUCCUUUCAGUCACAGGUUGACAUAUUCGAUCAGGCAUUCGGGCCACCUAACAACGGCCUAGACGACAGGGACCUGCAGAUCGACAGUCUGAAGCAAGAAAUCGAGCUGCUGCGAGCAGAACUGGAAAAAAUUAAAGCCGAGGCUCAGCGCUACAUCACUCAGCUGAAGUCUCAGAUUAACAGUCUGGAGACGGAGCUGGAGGAGCAGAGGGUGCAGAAGCAGCGCGCCCUGGUGGAAAACGAACAGCUGCGGAUGGAGCUGGAGGCCACGCGGUGGCGCAACGCCGAACACGAGAGCAUGCAGGUCACCUUCGUGGAAGCAGACAAGAAAGCUCAAGCUACAGAGCUGCGCUACAGCAAGCUAAAGGAUAAACACGCCGAGCUGGUAGCAAACCACGCAGAACUUCUUAGGAAGAGCGCCGACACGGUAAAGAUGCUGUCGACCACUCAGCAGACUCAGGAGGAGGUGGCCAGAACCAAGCAGCAGUUAGCCUUCGAGAUGGAGAGAGUCAAGCAGGAGUCUGACAUGAAGCUGGAGGAGCAAAAAUUCGAAAUGGACAAACUGAGAUGGGAGCUGGAAGAGAAGAGGGGCGAGAUGCAAAAAAUCAAGGGCACGCUGCAGAGCUGUGAAGUGGCCAGCUUGGGUCUGAACAACUCGGUGAGCUCGCUACAGACAGAAAAGGAGCGUCUGAUGCGCUGCGUGAGCGAGAAGGAGGCGGAGUUAUCCUCUCUGAGGCAGACGGCGCAGUUGAAGGAGUCCAGUCUCCAGGACGAGAGGGAGCGGAGCAGCAGGGAGCUCGGACAGCUUCAGGGCAAACUAAAAGAGAAGCUGAGCCGUGAGCAGCAUUUGCAGCAGAAGUUACUGGACGAGCAGUUCGCCCUGUUGCAGGGUACAGUAGCCGAGGCGGAAGUCAUCAUUCAGGAUGCCGUGGCCAAGGUGGACGAUCCUCUGCACAUCCGCUGCACCAGCUCCCCAGAUUACCUGGUUAGCCGUACAGAAGCCACGCUGGGCUCCAUCUCUAAAGUGAAUUCUGGACAUUCGCACUACCUGAAGACUAUGGAAGACGCCAGACCUCUGUUAAGGGCGCUGACUCAGUUUUCUCACCUGACCGCUGACACCAUCAUGAACGGGAGCGCGACUGCACACAUGGCACCUCCGGAUCACGCCGACCGACUGACGGAGAACUGCAGGGCGUGUGCCACUCAGAGUCUGAACUUCUUCCAGGACCUGAAGUCUAGAGUGUCCAUUAAGGGGGCCAAUACCUCGUCUGUCCGCGCGGCGGUCCAGAACAUCCUAAAGAUUGCACAAGAUCUGAGGCCUAAAGGAAUGGACGUAGGAAAGGACGAGCUGGGCGACAUGGUGGACAAAGAGAUGGCGGCCACGUCUGCUGCUAUAGAGGAAGCUGUGAGGAGAAUCGAUGACAUGAUGUAUCAGGCCAGACGAGACACCCAAGGAGUGAAGCUGGAAGUGAACGAGAGGAUCCUGAACAGCUGCACAGACCUCAUGAAGGCUAUUCGCCUCCUGAUCCUGGCGUCCACAGACCUACAGAAGGAGAUCGUGGAGAGCGGACGGGGUGCAGCGACAGUGAAGGAGUUUUACGCCCGGAACUCGCGCUGGACCGAAGGUCUGAUAUCUGCUGCCAAGGCGGUGGGUUGGGGAGCGACACAGAUGGUGGAUUCGGCUGAUAAAGUGGUCCUGCACACGGGCAAGUACGAGGAGCUUAUCGUCUGUUCACAUGAGAUUGCUGCCAGCACCGCCCAACUCGUCGCAGCCUCCAAGGUAAAGGCCGACCGCGGAAGCAGGAAGCUGACAAGUCUCCAGCAAGCUUCCCGUCAAGUCAACGAAAUGGCUGCGAACGUGGUGGCCUCCACCAAGACGGGCCAGGACCAGAUCGAGGAGAAGGAUACGAUGGACUUCUCUGGCAUGUCUUUAAUCAAGCUAAGAAAAGAAGAGAUGGAGUCUCAGGUGAAGGUCUUGGAGUUGGAGAGCCUGCUUGAAAACGAGCGGCUGCGACUCGGCGAGCUGCGCAAAAAGCACUACGAGAUAGCGGGCGUCCCGCUGCAAGAACUGAGCCAAGACAACGGCGCCACCUACAGCGCAGGAUCUUCCUCCCCUAAACCUUAUAAACCCUCACUGAUGAAGAAACCGACCCUCUCUCAGAAACCCAACGUCCCACCCAAAAGCCUGUUCAGGUGAACGUCUCUGGGACAAAGAACAUCAACACUGAUGAACGAAGAAUCACUUCACAUCGUGAUGAACAACAGGGUCUUUUUUAUAAUCGUCCUAAUACUUAAAUCCUAAUUAUUGUUUAUCGUUCCACCUUCUCUUCAUUGUCAGGCUUUCCAGCGGACUAGACUAAUAAAUCAUCAGCCUGUAUCAAGUGCUUCUUAAAAUUGAUGGUGUGUAUUAGAGAUCUGAGGAGAUUGCUUGUAUUAUGCAGCUUGUUACUAGAGUGUUAUAAAAAUGUGUAAUUAUUUGUUCUAGGUGGGUUUUUUGUUGUUUUUUUAUUUUAUUAUGGGUGUUUCGGGAGGAUACGUUUAUAUACAGUAUAAACUAUUUAUAAUAUUGAAUGAAAGUCAAGUUGACUGAGGUGUGUAUAUAAUUAACAGUGAAGUGCAGUGUGUCCUAUUGAUUAAACAGCUCAGAAAGGUGUUGUGUGCUAACCUACCAAGUUUAAUACGUAACAAAACUGGAGGGUGGAAGAGUAUUAAAUUCUUUACGAUGAAUCAGAACCAACCAAUUUAUCAAAAGGUCUCGAUACGGAUCCUCAAUGAAAAAUCCAAAAAUACUCCAUUGAUGCAAAUAAAACACUUUGAACUUUGCUUAACAGUCCAGUUAGAGCUAAUAUAAAUAUUAAUUCUAAAAAUAUUCUAAUUUUUAACCUAGCACAAGGAUUUUUUUUCUAUAAGAAAUAAAAAGGUGCCUUUCUUACUAGAUGUGUGUCCUUAAAAGUCCUAUAACUGUUACCGAUCUGUCGUCUGACGUCUCGUGUAUAUUAACUCAUUUAUUAUGUUAGAAAACGCUCUCUUGUAUGAUUGUUGUAUUUCAGCUUCAGCACACUAGAUUAGGGAGUUGGGUCUGUUCCGAAAUUCCCCUCAGACAUGUCGCAGUGAACAUAUAUCAUUUAUUUUAAAGACGUAGAGCAGUAGGGACAAUCUAGUAACUUUUAUUAUUGUAUAAGCUGCAAGAUUUUAAAAUAUUUUUAUUAAAUAUGUCAGAGAAAUUUUAAUGCUAUUUUUCAAUGUCAAUGUUCAAUGAUAGAGCAGGUGCGGUCAUGCUUACGUACUUUGAAGAAUCGAACUCUUAGAAGGGGUUAAAUGAGGUUUUUACAUUAUCGCUUCCCUCCGUGUGUAUGUAACCUUUACUGACCGAGCAUGUUAAUGUAUUUGAAUUUGUUUGAUGUACUACAUGCAGAUGUUAAAUAAAUAAUAAAUGUUUAUGAUUAAAGCACAUGUUGCUUAAAUUUUGCUAAUAAGCCUCGUAUGCAGCGAGCGUUGGAUUAUUUCAUUCCAGCUGUAAUUAUCAGCACUUGUUAAUGCUUGAAUGUGAAUUUGAAUGUGGGUAGCAGUGUCGCCUCACAGCAAGAAGGUCCUGGGUUCAAUCCCCCAGGCGGGAGGUCCGGGUCCUUUCUGUGUGGAGUUUGCAUGUUCUCCGCGUGGGUUUCCUCCCACAGUCUAAAGACGUGCAAGUGAGGUGAAUUUGAGACACUAAAUUGUCCAGGACUGUGUUCGAUAUAACCUUGUGAGCUGAUUAAUCUUGUGUAAUGAGUGACUACCGUUCCUGUCAUGAAUGUAAACAAAAGUGUAAAACAUGACGUUAAAAUCCUAAUAAAACAAUCUGCUACUAACAAAUAUCUAAACCAAACGACAGACUCAUUUCUUUCAUUAAUUCAGGCUAACUAAUUUGAUAUUAAAACAUUGGAACCCAGGUGCCCGGGUGGCACAGAGGUCUAUUACAUUAGCUUACUGCUAUCUGCUUGAUUUAGUAAUCGCCCUGUAUAAGGUGUUCUUGCUUUGCGCCCAGUGUUUCCCCACAUAGAACCAGACCCACUGCAUCCCUGACCAAGAUAAAGCGGUUGAUAAAAAAUAAAGGAGAAAAAUACACUGUAUCUUAUUGCGCUUUGUGUUUAUUGCAGUUGUUUCAAAUAGAUAGAGCAACAAGGUUUGCUAAUAAAGAUUUUAAUUAGAA